CGUCGUGCACCGGGGCACCGGCGGCUCACCCGGAAGGAGAAGCCGGGAUCGGAGUAUAUGGUGCGGUGCUGGUGGUGUCGCUGUGGAGAGCUGCUGCCGCUCUCAGGAGCCAGCCCGCAUCAUUUGUUGGCAGUACAUAUUGGCUGGAGUCAGUUUUCAUUUCAAGAAGGUGACAUCAUGGGUCCCGUUGGAAUCCAGUAACCCUGUGCUCCAGCCUUCAUGGUCCCCGUGUUGGAGUGGGCGAUGUCGCUGUACGCAUAAACUGCCACACUGGGGGAAACGAGUGGCUUAGGCUUUAAUGAAUCUUUACAAAGGAGCGGAACGCAUCCUGAGUUGACCUGAGAAGCUGUGGGGUGCUUGGGCAGAGAUGUUCUCUUCCGAUGGGCUUUUGGUGUAGGAUGUUGGAGAACCAAGACCUGGAGGAGGUGAUCACAGUGCGAGUUCAGGACCCCAGGGUGCAGAAUGAAGGCUCCUGGAAUUCUUACGUGGACUAUAAGAUAUUCCUCCAUACGAACAGCAAGGCCUUUACUGCCAAGACGUCCUGUGUGCGGCGGCGCUACCGUGAGUUUGUGUGGCUGAGGAAGCAGCUGCAGAGGAACGCCGGUUUGGUGCCUGUUCCUGAACUUCCUGGGAAGUCCACUUUCUUUGGUGGCUCUGAUGAGUUCAUUGAGAAGCGACGUCAAGGUCUCCAGCAUUUCCUUGAAAAGGUCCUGCAGAGCGUGGUUCUUCUGUCAGACAGUCAGUUGCAUCUUUUCCUCCAAAGCCAGCUCUCAGUGCCCGAGAUUGAAGCCUGUGUCCAGGGCCGGGGCGCCAUGACAGUGUCCGAUGCCAUUCUCUCCUAUGCUAUGUCCAACUGUGGCUGGGCCCAGGAGGAGAGGCAGAGCGCCUCCCAGCUGGCUAAAGGAGACCAGCUCAACAGUUGCUGCUUUCUUCCAAGAUCAGGGCGGAGGAACUCCCCUUCACCACCUCUCAGCGAAGAGAAGGAGCAUGUAGAGACGUGGGCUCCAGUGAUCGACUCCGAGGGCCCAUCCUCAGAAAGCCCCAUGCUGCCGCCCAGCUCCUCCUCGCCAGCCUGCUGUGAUCCUGCAAGACCGGAUGAGGGACUCUCUGUGUCCCAGCCUGCGAGAAGGGCUGUGGCAGCGGACCAUGCUGGGCUGUUGGAGCCUGGUCAGCUAGACACAGCAUGGGGCAAGUGAGCUGUGGCCGGUCUCUGUCCUCCUGAGUGGUGGAGAAGAUGCAGGCUACGGUCACAUUCAGGAGGGGUUGGGGACAAGGCAGGUGUGGGGCAGAGCAUCUUCCAUUCAAAUCAAUCUGCUCAGGUUUGUUAUGCAGAGGUUGUGGCUGCCCGCUGUAUCUCCUCCGUGGGAGGUAACACCACACUGGUGUUAGUGAGUUCAGCACAGGGCCUGGAAGCUGUUGGUUUUAAAUAUUUACUUUCCAGGUGAGUUUCUUCAGGUGUUUGUUUAAAGAGAACUGUCACAGGUGACUGGUUUGGGGAGCCCUUCUUGGCAGAGUUUUAGCUGCUAUACUGAACAUUGUCCCAACAGAAAGUUCCUAUCUUUCUCCUUCCUUCUUGGCAGGCUUCAGGGUUUGUUGCAGCCCCCAGAGCAAACAUUUUGGUUGUGGGAGGCCGACUUCUUGCCUGCCUCCUUGUGUGGACAGAGUGGUGAAGAUGUAUUCCCCACCUCCUUGCCUUUCAGUAAAUGGCCACGAUGUGAUGUGACUAUUUGUUGAGGUUUCCAGCCUCUUCCAAGACCUUGCCAUGCUGAGUGGGACCUGAGAGCUUGCAGGCACUUAAAGCCUCUCCUGGCAAAGGGGCUGGCCACAGCCAGAGGGGAAGGAACAGGUCGGAGGUGUUGCAUUGGCAGAGGUGGUUCUGGGCUGCCCAUCUUCUGCUUAUAAAGCAGAGAUGGUGUUUCUGCAGGGUUAAAGUGGGCUCCCUUCUUUUUAGAUCCUUUUCCUCUCUUAAUAACAACUCCUUGCCCCCAGGGCUUUGGCUGCCAGGGCCUACUGCUGUUUUCCUGGGAAGCCAGCAAGUUCAGUCAGUGGGGCACACAGGCUCUGUUUCAGCCUGAAAGCGAGGGCUCUGGAGAUGGAGCUCAGGAGCCAUAAGCUCUCCUUCAGACGGUGAGGCGGCUCCUGCCUCCUGCUGCUGAAAUCUGCAGACAGCAGAGGCGGCUGGCUGGAGGGCUAGGGCGCGCUGUGUGCCCGGCUUGCCACGGUGCUGCUGCACAGUUUAGGCUUGUGUGUUUCUCCCCAUCUGGCCAUCCACCGUGGCUGUGGGUCCACCCCAGCCCAGGUACUCCUGGCCUGCGUUGCGGGAUCGUAGUGGCACCUCGUUGAGAGUUGAGGGGCUUUGGCCUGAAAUAAACUGCGAGUAUUUAA